GUUUCCUAAGACAGUGUGUUGUCUUAGUAAAUUCAUCCCUUCCUUGGGUGGCUAGAUUCUCAUAUCUGGUGCACCCACCAUUACAAUCUUGCUAUUGGAGUUGCUCAAGAAGACCCUACUCAAUCUCCAAUAUACGCUCUAAGCCCAGGUUCAUUCCAAGGCUCUAGAAUUGAUAUUGGGAUUUGCUCUGGCAACUCGCAAAUCACUAUGCGUAUUAGUCCAGAGGCUGGUGCAGCAAUCAACCUACGGAUUGCUCCACCAGCUCAAAGCUCUCCAAUUGACGAGUGGUUUGAUAUCGACGCCUACGACCCAGGAGUGUCUACUACGAAGGAUACAAAAAAGAUGAUGGGGGAACCCCGUGAGUCGAUUGUCUCAAGUACCCGAAACCCAUCCGACUCGGUUCUGUCAUACUGA